GAAAUAGAAGCAGAGACAGACGUCAACUUCCGGUUUCGCAGACCGACGCAAGAUGGCUGCCACCAAGCGGGUUCUUUAUGUGGGUGGCCUAGCAGAGGAGGUGGAUGAGAAGGUUCUUCAUGCUGCUUUUAUUCCUUUUGGAGACAUCACAGACAUUCAGAUCCCUCUGGAUUAUGAAACAGAAAAACAUCGAGGAUUUGCAUUUGUUGAAUUUGAGUUGGCAGAGGAUGCUGCAGCGGCUAUUGAUAACAUGAACGAGUCUGAGCUCUUUGGAAGGACAAUUCGCGUCAAUUUGGCUAAACCCAUGAAAAUUAAAGAAGGCUCUUCCAGACCAGUGUGGUCAGAUGAUGACUGGUUGAAGAAAUUUUCUGGGAAGACGCUUGAGGAGAAUAAAGAGGAAGGAGCAUCGGAGCCUCCCACGUCGGAAGCCCCAGAGGGAGAGCCCCCAGCCAAAAAGGCAAGAGCCAAUCCUCAAGUGUAUAUGGAUAUUAAGAUUGGAAACAAACCUGCUGGCCGAAUCCAAAUGCUUUUGCGUUCUGAUAUUGUCCCUAUGACAGUAGAGAAUUUCCGUUGUCUGUGCACGCAUGAAAAGGGCUUUGGUUUCAAGGGAAGCAGUUUCCACCGCAUCAUCCCCCAGUUCAUGUGUCAAGCUGGGGAUUUUACCAACCACAAUGGCAGUGGAGGCAAAUCGAUCUAUGGCAAGAAGUUUGAUGAUGAGAAUUUUAUUCUGAAACACACAGGGCCAGGGUUGCUGUCUAUGGCCAAUUCUGGUCCAAACACUAAUGGCUCCCAGUUCUUCAUCACUUGUGACAAGACAGACUGGCUUGAUGGAAAGCAUGUGGUUUUUGGUGAAGUCACUGAAGGCAUGGAUGUGGUACAGAAGAUUGAGGCUCAGGGUAGCAAAGAUGGGAAACCCAAGCAGAAAGUGCUCAUCUCAGACUGCGGCGAGUACAUGUGAGGUUCUCUGCUUCCUUCACUGGGCUCCCAGCUGCGAUGCCCAGGAGCCAGAAGUUGUUCUCCAAGAUGCCUCAGCUGGAAAGGGCCUCCACCGGCUAGUGAAGGAAGGCUUGGAGCAUGGGGGCUGCUCUGUGGGCCCUGAGAGCGAGCGCCCCGCCAUGGGGACUUGAGGGGAAGGCUGAGGCCGGGACUUGGGGCUGCUGGGUCUCCUUGGGGCCUGCCUGGGUUCCUUGGGGCCUGCAAGGGUUGGUUUGUGUCAGUUGUAUAAAAAUAAAUUCUAGUUUUUCUA